AUCACUUUCGGUACGCUUUUGGUCCGCGUACCUCCAAUUGAUAGCGAAACUCAGCAGUGCGUACGCACCGCAAAUAAAAAGUUUUGAUACUGGUCUUCUUGUUAAAGUCCUCUGUUCUUACUCUCCUAGCGUCAUGUCAACCACUCACGAUGUCAAAAUUGCCGUGAUCGGCGGCUCUGGCUUAUACAAUUUGGAUAACCUCGAAAUCGUCGAAGAGGUUAAUCCCGAAACUCCAUGGGGCUUCCCAAGCGACAAGAUUAUUAUUGCCAAGCUUCCCAGCGGUACCAAGAUUGCUUUCCUUGCUCGCCAUGGUCGUGGUCAUUAUCUUACGCCCACUGAAGUCCCACAGCGCGCCAAUAUGGCUGCACUGAAGCAUCUUGGUGUUGAAGCCAUUCUUGCCUUUUCGGCUGUCGGUUCGCUCCGCGAAGAGAUUCCGCCCUGCGACUUUGUCUUGCCCGACCAGUUGAUUGAUCGUACGCGCGGCCUCCGUCCCUCGACAUAUUUUGGUGAUGGUGUUGUUGCACAUGCCAUGUUUGCCGACCCCUUUCACGAAGGCAUUGCCGAUUUGGUGCACAAGCAGAGCCACGUGCUUGAAUUUGGCGCCAAGAUUCACCGCAACAAGACGGCUGUUUGCAUGGAAGGUCCCGCAUUCUCGACGCGUGCUGAAUCACAUAUGUAUCGUAGCUGGGGCGGUGACAUUAUCAACAUGUCAGCGCUGCCAGAAGCCAAGUUGGCUCGUGAGUGCGAGAUGGCUUACCAGAUGGUGUGCAUGGCGACGGAUUAUGACUGCUGGCGUGUAGAAGAAGAGGCUGUCAACGUGGAAACGGUGAUGCAGAACAUGGUCAACAACUCGACGAAUGCAAAGACAUUGUUAAUGGCUGUUCUUCCUGAGUUGGACAACUCUGUUCGUUCCAAUACCUUGAAGCCCGAUUUAAAGGGCUCGAUGAAAUUCUCGGGCAUGACUGCACAGGAGAAGAAGAACCCCGAAACCGUCAAAAAGCUCGAUUAUAUCUUGCCCGGUUACUUCUAAGUUAAUCUCCAGCAAUAGACUGUUUCUUUGUGCUUCAAAUUUACUUUGUAUUAUAUGGACGAAAAAUAUAGGACAAGUUGUGAUGAACAAUAUAUAUUUUGACGGAGUCUGUGUGUUUGACCCACAGUUUUCACUUCUUUUCUCUAUCUUUGGCUUACCCCAAACCCCUCUUAUAUAUACCUACACAGACACUUAAAG